AUGACGCCCGCCGACCUCGGAACCGCCACCACGACAGGCGCUACGACUACUGCUCCUUUCCCGUUCGCCGAAACAACUUCCCAGAGGAUCGCCUGUAGCGCGCUGGUAACGGGGUAUUACCAGUGUGGGAGCAACGAAAGUGAAGGAUGCUGUCCCACGGGGUAUGCCUGUGCUGAAGAGAUGGAUCGGUGCAUCAUCCCCAGCACUCCGUCGACCAACGUAGAUUUUACUGGGAGAUGCUUCGGGCUGUUGGGGUAUGGGCAAUGUGAUGAGGAGGCAGGAGGUAAGCUUGACGCUGAUGAUUACCUACCUAGGUGGACUUGCUUACAGUUUCCGUCCGCAGGAGGCUGUUGCCCUUCCUCCUACGCCUGCCUGGACGGCAGCUGCAUGCUCACGCACAAGGUUCAGAAAACACUCACCAGCUGGGUGUCAUACGGGAGUGUCGAGGCUGGGACAACACCCUCGAUUUUUGUGAUGGACUACUCUUAUCCGCCGGAUAUACAGGUGUCUCUCACCCGUCUUUUCAAUGCGGCUCCUAUGAUGACUACCGAUCCUUUCUUCGAAGGGACCACUACCAGCCCUCUUCUGGAGGGGACAUCCACGAUUUUCAGGCUUCCAACAGGUAUCGAUACGGAACCGAAAGGAGGCUUAGGGACGGGGAUUAUUGCGGGAAUUGUUGUUUCCUGCGCUGCGGUUGGCCUGAUGAUCAUUGCGGGGCUGUUCUUCUUUGUUCGACGACAGCGACGAAACAGAAAGGAGGACGGCGACAGCAAAGAUAGCCCUGCAGCGGAACUGGCUGAGAAGUCCAUUGUUGAGCUGGCACAAGAGUCUGAUGUGUACGAAGCAGACACACGGAGGGUGUUUGAGGCGGACACGGAGCGACACACGCACGAGAUGGCUUGCAACGACAUUAAAACAGAAGCGUGGGAGUUGGAGGAUACGUCAUACGCGGAUAUGCCUCCAAAGACAGUACAGACCUAG